AUGGAGAAAGCAGACAACUCCCCGGUGGAGUCUCCUAUCUCAGAGACAUCGGAUCCUAUUUAUCUUGAGAAGGGCCAGGCCAACUCAGAGACAACCCCAAAAUCCGACCUAUUUCUGCCGCAGGACUAUGGACCAGAUUCUGACGAAAGCAACGCUAAUUCUGGGGGAGAGACGCUUCUAGGAGAUGAGACAUAUCCUGAAGGAGGUCUCCAAGCAUGGCUUGUCGUUCUCGGAUCUUGGUGCGGUCUGCUUGCGUCUCUAGGGUUGAUGAAUAGUAUCGCAACGCUUCAGACGUAUAUCGCGACGAAUCAACUUUCCGACUAUGAUGAGGGUACGAUUGGAUGGAUUUUCUCACUGUAUACAGCAUUAUGUUUCCUUUGCGGCGUCUAUGUUGGUCCUCUUUUUGAUAGAUACGGACCUAAAUGGUUAAUUAUACCCGGCGGCAUUGGAAUUGUUGUGAGCAUCAUGCUAUUAAGCGUUUGUACGAAAUAUUGGCAUUUUAUGCUUAGUUGGGGCAUACUUAAUGGAAUAGCUACUUCUCUCCUAUUCACACCAUGCCUUACAGCUAUAGGGCAUUUCUUCCGUGAGCGCCGAGGAUUCGCCUCCGGCCUCGCAAGUACAGGCGGCGGUUUGGGUGGUGUAGCGUUCCCGCUCAUAAUGCAGAGCCUUUUCGAUCGUCUGGGUUGGGGAUGGGCAAUUCGUAUUGUAGGGUUCAUCUGCCUUUUCCUAUUCACUUUCGCGAACCUUCUAGUCAGAAAGCGUUUGCCACCAGCCAAGAACGCGAGCCCACACCCCGACUUCCGCAUCAUGAAGGAGAAGGGAUUUUUACUCCUCACCAUUGGCGUUUUCUUCUUGGAAUUUGGGCUUUUCAUCCCCCUAGCCUACAUUUCAAGCUAUGCAUUGGCAAACGGCUUCAGUGAGCAGUUUGCUUUCCAGAUCCUGCCUAUUCUCAAUGCGGCAUCGGUAUUUGGACGAGCAUUGCCGGGCUGGUGGGCGGAUAAAAUUGGCCCCUUUAAUACGAAUAUGAUAUCUCUCUGCGUCACAAUUUUUGCAUGCUACGUUGUAUGGCUCCCAUUCGGUCAUACGACAGCAGGCCUCGUCAUAUUUGCCAUUAUGUUUGGCUUUUCAACCGGAAAUAAUAUCAGCAUCACUCCGGUCUGUGUGGGAAAACUAUGCCACACGCAAAACUACGGACGAUAUUACGCAACUUGCUAUACUGUGGUUUCUAUAGCAGUCUUACUUAGUCUUCCUGUUGCAGGAUCCAUCGUCAAAGCCACCAAUGGCGAAUAUUGGGGUCUGAUUCUUUUUACUGGUCUUACGCAGCUGAUCGCAGUUGUCGCGAUGUAUGCGUCGAAGGUCGCUAGCGUAGGAUGGUCGCCUUGGACUAAUUUCUAA